AUGGAGCAGUAUAACACGAAAAGUGCCGGAGUGAAACGAUUGAUGAAGGAAGCGCUGGAAUUACGCGAGCCUACAGAAAUGUACUUUGCACAACCACUAGAGGUAAUGUUGUCUUGCGGUCUCGGCAUGGAUAAUCUUUUUGAAUGGCACUUCACCGUACGAGGACCACUGGAAUCGGAUUUCGACGGAGGAAUUUACCACGGACGAAUUCUCUUCCCGCCUGAAUAUCCGAUGAAACCACCAAAUGUCGUUAUUCUGACGCCCAAUGGACGAUUUGAACUGAAUAAAAAGAUCUGCCUCUCCAUUUCUGGGUACCAUCCGGAAACGUGGCUUCCUUCCUGGUCCAUUCGGACUGCUUUGCUUGCGUUGAUUGGGUUUAUGCCAACAGCUGGAGCAGGUGCGCUCGGUAGUCUCGAAUACCCUGUAGCGGAAAGAAGAAAACUAGCGAAAAAAAGUCUGGAGUGGAAGUGCAAGGAAUGUGGAGCAUGCAUGAAGGAUGCCUUGAAAUCUCUCACGGAAGACGCUAAAAAGAGUAAUGAAGAAGCGAAGAAGCUUGCAGCACAGCUCACUUUCAAGAGUGAUCGCAUAUGA